AUGCCUCAGCGAGAUGCACGUUCGGCUUCGCGUGAGAACGAGAAGGAUGGUCUCGUAGCGAGUGCUUGCGCAGCACGCAGAUACCAAAAAAAGGAGAUGAGAGAUAAGGCCCGUCAGCGUGGUAUAUCUGAUAAGAUAAGGGGUGCAAAGGACUCACCGAUCAAAGAUGACAAGUGGUUCCUGGAGAUCGCGAAGACGAUCUUAUUGAGUCAUGCUAUGUUUAUGAUCCAAGUCAAGGCACAGACUAAGUUGAUAAACGGCAUUACGGAGAUGAGGCUUCAAGAGGUGCCGAUUGUAAAGGUCGCUGUCCAUUCGGCAAGUGAAACUUGCAACGACAAACGCUAG